AUGUCAACCGACAAAACACCCUUACUUCCCUCUCAAACAUCGAGAAAAUCUUAUACUCUGGUUAUUCAUGGAGGAGCUGGGACAAUGUCAAAGGCUGGCUCUACAAAGGAGCAGCAGAUGCUCUAUAAAGCUGGCCUUGCGAAAGCUUUGCACGCAGUCAGUAUCCUCUAUAAUCAAGACGGGGAGGCUAUGGACGCCGUGGUCGCCGCCGUGACAGUGCUGGAAGACAACCCAUUAUUCAACGCUGGUAAAGGCGCCGUUUUUAACGUUGCCGGAAAGAACGAACUAGAAGCCUCCCUCAUGCUUUCAAAACCCCCAGCAUCUCACCCUGAAAUACCCUCAUCCCGACGCGGUCUUGGCUUAACUCUGUUGACCAGCACUAAGAACCCAUCUCAUCUUGUCCGUGCAUUGUACCUAUCUCCAUCACUCGCUCCUCAUGCCUUCCUUUCUGGAGAAACCGCUGAGGAAAUUGGAGAAUCUCUCGGCGAAAUUCUCGUUGACCCUUCAUACUUCUACACUGACCAUAGAUGGAGACAACAUCGGCGCGGGCUGGGGCUCCCCGAAGACCUCCCGCCUGACAUACCAGAGCCAGGACCAACUUUUUUGAGUCCACUCGAUCAGUUACCAACUGGUACAGUCGGUGCUGUAGCUCUCGAUAUCCGGGGAUGCAUCGCAUCUUUAACCUCUACCGGCGGGCGCACCAACAAACUGGUUGGUCGUAUCGGUGAUACACCCUUGAUGGGUGCAGGCUUUUGGGCUGAAGAAUGGAACGACAACUCGGGCUGGGUCCGACGAUGCUGGAAUAAGUUCAGAGGAUACCAGGGUAGGCGCGCUGUUGGUGUAUCGGGCACCGGGGAUGGAGAUGUAGGCGUUCAAGCUACGGCGUCAACCAUCGCACACCGCGUGCGCUUUCUCAAGCAGUCGCUUGCGGUGGCUUGUGCUAGCGCUGUGAAGGACCUUGCCAAAGACGGCGGGAUUGGAGGCGUUAUCGCGCUUGAUAAUAGAGGCAAUGGCAUAAUCAGAGAAGAUGGUGUCUCAAAAACGGCCAUUUUUCAUGACGAUGUCCUUGAAAAAUCUUGA